AAAACCUGUCUGUUCUCAGAGAGCAGCAGAAGGAGAAGGCAGUUGUGAGGAAACUGCUAGCAUGUAAUGUAGCAUAUGUCUUGUCUUGUUUUUGCAAUAUGAAGAAUGGAAGAAGACGACGUUUCUAUCAGAGAGCAGAACUUCCACAGCCAAGUUCGAGAAUACAUUAUCUGCUUCCUCCUGUUUGCAGUCCUCUACAUCGUGUCCUACUGCAUCAUCACCAGAUACAAGAGGAAGAGUGAUGACCACGAAGAUGAAGAUGCCGUCGUCAACAGAAUAUCAUUGUACCUGUGCACCUUCACCCUGGCAGUGUCGGGUGGAGCCGUGUUCCUGCUGCCUUUCUCCAUCAUCAGUAACGAGAUCCUGCUCUCUUUCCCCAAAAACUAUUACAUCCAGUGGCUCAACGGCUCGCUCAUCCACGGUCUGUGGAACCUGGUGUCUCUGUUCUCCAACCUCUGCCUCUUCGUCCUGAUGCCCUUCGCCUAUUUCUUCCUGGAGUCGGAGGGAUUUGCGGGGUCUAAAAAGGGCAUUAGGGCGCGUAUCUUGGAGACGUUUGUGAUGCUUUUCCUGCUGGCUCUUCUCAUUCUGGGCAUCGUGUGGGUGGCAUCAGCGCUUAUAGACAACGAUCCAGCCAGUAUGGAGUCACUUUACGAUCUUUGGGAAUUUUACCUCCCCUACCUGUACUCCUGCAUAUCUCUGAUGGGAGGACUGCUUUUACUCAUGUGCACUCCUGUGGGAUUGUCCCGGAUGUUCUCCAUCAUGGGCCAGUUACUCGUGAAGCCGACAAUCCUGGAGGACCUGGAUGAGCAGAUUUACUGCAUCCAUUUGCAGGAGGAAGCCCUUCAGAGGAGAUUAAACGGAACGUGCUCACACACCUAUACUCGAGGAAGACUCGAAGUACUUAGAAAUCUGAAGAACAAAUUGGAGAGAAGAAAGAAGGCCUCGGGUUGGGAGAAGAACUUGUUGUAUCCCAUAGUGAUGCUGAUCCUGCUGGCAGGAACCACUAUUUCAGUCCUUAUGGUGGUGUUUAACAUCCUCUACCUCCUCGUGGAUGAGACUGCCAUGCCCAAAGGAUCCACGGAUCGAGGCAUCGGGAACACGUCUCUCUCCACGUUCGGCUUGGCUCAGGCGGUGCUGGAGAUCAUCCUCAUGUUCUACUUGAUGGUUUCCUCCGUCGUCGGUUUCUACAGCCUGCGCGUCUUCCAGAGCCUCACUCCCAGGAACGACGACACAACCAUGACAACGAUCAUCGGUUGCUGUGUGUCCAUUUUGGUCCUGAGUUCAGCCCUGCCAGUGAUGUCCAGAACUCUGGGAAUCACCAGGUUUGAUCUCCUGGGAGACUUCGGGAGAUUUAACUGGCUGGGAAACUUCUACAUCGUGCUUUCAUACAACAUGCUGUUUGCCGUCGUGACGACACUCUGUCUCGUGAGGAAAUUCACCUCAGCCGUACGGGAGGAGCUUCUGAAGGCCUUAGGUCUGGAUAAAUUGCAACUGUCAAACAGCCCCACGGACCCCGAGUCUGGGAAGCUCUCGGCCAACGGGCAUCAGAAAACUCUGUGACACACACACACACACACACACACACACACACACACACACACACACACACACACACACACACAC